AUGGCCACCAUCACAGAACGGUUCCAAGGCUUACGUCGUCCUGGCGCUUCUCUUCUCAAAAAGACUCUCCCCUCUCGACCGGAUGAGCCGGUUCUGGCGCGCAAAGCUGUUCCCCCUCCAAAAGUGGUGGUCGACCAAACUGUUCCUGCUGUUACGUCUCCAACGGCGUCAAGCACUGCCAGUGCCAUGCCAGGACAGGCACAAUCUCCAUUGAAAGGUCUCCCGCCGACACCAUCUCCUUCACAUCGUACACCAGCGUCGCCACUUCAGCCUCCGUCUGCAUCUUCAGUUUCUUUGCCUAGUCCUGUUGCGACGACGAUUCCUGCGCCUUCAUCGCAAGCCCAGUCUCCACAAUUCCAGGCGCAGUCUCCUCCGCCAGUGCAGGCCCAGUCUCCAAUCCAGUCGCAACCGCAAUCCCCUCCCCAAGUCCCAGCACAACCAGCAAACCAAUCCGGACGCCCUCCACGAACCACAUCUCUAAGCAGUCCCCAGAACAACACCUUCCAAGACCGCCGACCCCCUCAACACCGACAAAUCACAAACCUUCAACCAAACCCACGUCCCAAUUUCAAUCUCAACCCUAACCCCCAACAACAGCAGCAGCAACAACAACAAAAUCAAUCCAAACGACCCGUUAGCGAAGCCCCCUCACUCUCCCAAUUCAUCCCCGACCCCGAACCAGAACCAGAACUUAGUCUCCCCGACUCCGAGCAAGAACCAGAUCUAAUCCUCGACAACAACUCCUCCGAAUCCAGCAACGUAAGCAGCAAGACUCCAUCCACAGAUAGCAGCAGCAUCUCACCAGGCCUCAAACAAUUCCCCGAUGGCUAUAUCCCGCCCAUCCCGGAACCAAUGAUCAUCCCGCCGUUGACGAACGUGCAUUACGGCUGUUUCCAAUCUCAUACGUUCAUGCCCCCGACUAGUAAUGUCUGGUAUGCGACGGCGUGUAUGACGUGCAAGAAAGUGGAUCAGGAGUGUAAGAAUAGGGAUUUGAGGGAGCUGAUGUCUCAUUUGGGUUGA